AUGUUUAGGACCAGAGAUCACGAUUUGAUACUAUGCCGUGAAGUUCUUAAUCUUAAUCCAUUCACUACAAAAAAGGCUCAACACAACGAAGUACAAUUUGGGAUAAAGUGGCUACAACACUGAAUAAUUGUUCCUGUCUGGUAUUUAAUGUUGACUAGCGAUCUGUUAGAGAUCAUGUUGGAAUAUUACAAAACAGGUAUAAAAAGAAAUUGAGAGCUGAAGAAAAGGCAACUGGUAUUGUACCUGAUGAGCCGACAGAGUUGGAAGACCUGUUAGAGCAAAUAAUUGCCCUGAAAGAAAGUGCAGAGGCAGAGCAACAGGAAACNCUGUUAGAGAUCAUGUUGGAAUAUUACAAAACAGGCAUAAAAAGAAAUUGAGAGCUGAAGAAAAGGCAACUGGUAUUGUACCUGAUGAGCCGACAGAGUUGGAAGACCUGUUAGAGCAAAUAAUUGCCCUGAAAGAAAGUGCAGAGGCAGAGCAACAGGAAACUGGUCGGGAGAAGAACCGAAAAAUAGAGAGUGAUAGAGCAAAAGCUGACGAUAUCAGGUUAAAAGCAAUGGAAAAAUUGAAAGACACUCAAAAAAGGCAAUCAGAUGGGAUGGAGGAUAAUCAAAGUAAGCGACCACGACGCAGUGGCAGCAGUGCAAUUUCUUAUCUGUCACAAAGAGCUGACAUUAACUACGAGCUUAUACAGGAGGAGUUGAAGCUGAAGAGAGAUCGACAAGAGUUUGAGAAGAAACAAAUGGAAGUUUCUGCAAAUGCACAGAAGCAGUUCCAAGAGCAGCAGAGUCGGCUUCUAAAGGUAGUGUUGCAGCAACAGCAACAACAAACACUUCUCACGAUGCAACAGCAGCAGCAGCAAACAAAGGCAUUAUUGGACAUUAUGGAGCGUAUUGUAAAUAAAUAA